CAAAAGGCAUGAGAUGACACCGAAAACCAAAAUCGAUUCCUAACACAGCGGAUUCACACCUUUGAGGUGGGCUUCUGACAAGGCAGGUUGACCCAUUUUGUCAACCCUAAUGAAAAAUGCACUCCAAAACCCUGACACCCUCAAGUAUAAAAGUCGGCAAAAAGUGACAGAGCAAAAUAUUCCGGAAUCUAGCGCCUGCAGAAAAGAAGAUUCUAAAACGAAGCCGAAGGAGAAGCAUUUGCAUUUCUCUGUGCGAGAAAAUGUCGAACGAGAUUCAAUUCUUCCAACUCAACACCGGAGCCAAGAUCCCUUCCGUCGGCUUGGGAACCUGGCAGUCCGAUCCCGGCGUCGUCGGUCAAGCUGUCGCUGCUGCUAUCAAGAUUGGUUACCGUCACAUUGACUGCGCUCAAAUCUAUGGCAAUGAGAAGGAGAUUGGCUCUGUAUUGAAGAAGCUAUUUGAGGAUGGUGUAGUGAAGCGUGAGGAUUUGUGGAUUACGUCUAAACUCUGGAAUACUGAUCAUGCCCCAGAAGAUGUACCGCUAGCAUUGGACAGGACUUUGAAGGACUUGCAGCUUGAUUAUGUUGACUUGUAUCUUAUCCACUGGCCUGCUCCAAUGAAGAAAGGAUCACAGGGCUUUAAGCCUGAAAAUCUUGUACAACCUAACAUACCUGCCACCUGGAAGGCAAUGGAAGCACUCUAUGACUCUGGCAAGGCACGAGCUAUCGGUGUCAGUAAUUUCUCCUCCAAGAAGCUGGGGGAUUUGCUGGAGGUUGCUCGGAUUCCUCCUGCGGUCAAUCAGGUGGAGUGUCAUCCAUCAUGGCAGCAGGACAAACUGCGUGAUUUCUGCAAAUCCAAAGGUGUCCACCUCUCUGGAUAUUCACCUCUGGGUUCCCCUGGAACAACCUGGCUUAAAAGUGAUGUCCUCAACCAUCCAGUUAUAAAUGUGAUUGCGGAGAAACUAGGCAAGACUCCUGCUCAGGUAGCACUUCGCUGGGGACUGCAAAAGGGCAAUAGUGUGCUUCCCAAAAGUACAAAUGAAGCAAGGAUAAAACAAAAUUUUGAUGUUUUUGACUGGACUAUACCUGAGGACUUGUUAGCUAAAUUUUCUGAGAUUGAACAAGCUAGAUUACUCAGGGGUGCCUCAUUUGUCCAUGAAACUUAUGGGGGCUACAGAUCUCUUGAGGAAUUUUGGGAUGGUGAAAUCUGAGCGGACUGGAGCUGAUUUGGCAAGUGGAUGAUGAACUGUGGUGUAAGAGAAAGCCUUCUUGUCUUUGGGUUAUACAGUUCUUGGAAACCAUUUUCUCUCUCACCUCAAUUCCACUCACUUUCUCUUAUUUCUCUCUUAUUUUUCUAUCACAGACACUUAUAUGUCACGCUUUUCUCUCUUUUCUUCUUAUAUUACUUAGGUGGAGUUGGAUUUCAUAUGCCAUGAUAAUUUUUUUCCAGUGAACUAUAGACUCCAAUUUUGUCAGCAAAACCUGGAUGUUGCUACUUGCUA